AAAGCCGAGUAGUGGAGCCUGUGGUGUAGCGCGUGUAGAUUUAUGUGUGGUGUAUGUUGGACUUAAGAUGGGUGCAGUUAAUAUGUAUUUUUUGUGCAGAUGUAGAUAAUUACAGCAAGAAAAAAACAUGUAUAGGUUAUUUAAACUGAAAAGAUUAUAUCAGUUAAAUUCUAAAGUGACACCACCAUAUACUAGUGAGCCAGCUAAACAAUCGUGCAGCGUUUGUUCACAUAAUUUCGCUAUGAAACCUCGGAACGAUGCCCAAUUCAUACAGAAUGCUGUGCCAAAGCGAUUUCAGUCCACCAAUAUCCACACAGCAAUUCAGAACAGUCAUAAAACUAAAAAGAAGAAAAUUAGGAGAUCCAAGAAGAAAUAUGCAGAGCUUGUAGAAGUUACUGAUGGUGCUUCAAACCAAACAAAGGCAUCUGUCAGCAAGUUGAAACCAAAGCAUUUGUCUCUUUUGGUAAAGCAGCCUGACAUCAACUUGGGGCAGUUGUACAAUCUGAAAAAUGUGACAGAACAGUCAGUUAUGUCACCAGAAAUGGAUACCAGCCAUCAGACACAAGACAAUAUUGAGCCUGUUGUCAUGUCUAAAUCCAUUUCCGCUGAGAAAGUGUACUUGCUCAGGGAAUUAAAAUGUGAAAAUCAUGCAAAAGUAUCUGAAGUGGAAGAGCUUGAUGUUUUGAAUUAUGAACAUGAGUUAGCUGAUACCCAUGACAGAUCUAUAGAUGAUUUGGAAUUCAAGCCUAAAAUGGUGGCUCUGGGUACUGCAGUUUUGGAACAUAAUUUGGUAGAUGAUCCUAUUUGUCAUAGUCAGGAAAUGGAAGAUGAACUUGAUGAAUCAAUAGUUGAAGCCAUUUCAGCAGAAGAGGAACAUGGUGAGCCUGCAGUUGAGGCUAUGGCUUCCAUUGUUCCGGUUCCAGAAUUACCUCAAGCAAAAAGCAAUGAGAAAAAAUCCAAAGAUGCAACUUUCAAAAUGACCUACAAAAAGGGUGUGAGAGACCAGAUGGCUAAAGUGAAAUUGACUGAUUUAGAAAAGGCUGCUAAAGAAGAGUGCUUGUAUCGUAAUCUGUAUGCUUACUUGGAAACCUGUGUGAGUUGUGGGCUACUUAACAGGGCUCUUUUUUCAUUGUUGUUUUAUCAUUCACGGAGCAGAUAUUCCAGAUAUACGUCUCCAGCAAAUGAGAUUGAGCUCUUCAAUAUCCUUCUUCAUGGGUUUGCAAGGAAGGGGAAUUUGAAUAAGGUUAAGGAAAUUCAUGGAAUUUUACGAAGGGAGAGACUACCAUUGUCGGCUCAAACAUUUGCUGCAUUGUUUGAAUGCAUAGGACGUCUUCCUGCAGAUAGUGCUGCCACCUACCAAAUACUUAAAGGAUAUGUGGAAGAAAUGUCACAGAAGGGAUUGACAUUCAAUGAUAUUAUACAGAAGAGUGUAUUUGUGUCUGACCAGAGGGAAGUAGUGGUGGAUGUAAUUCGAAGAAUUGAGCCAAACUUUGAACCAGACAGUAUUUUGCCAGAUAUGUGUUAUGCCUGUAACCUUCUGCAUGAAUUAAAUUCUGAGAAUCGAAGUGGAAAGGGUAGAACAUAUAAGUCACCCGCUGAAGGUCUCAUGACAAAGUCCGACUUGCAGCAGUUGAUUAAGGAGCAACUUCAGACGGAAUUAAACAGCUAUGUUAAAGUGAAAACAGUUGAGGACAGAACAGAGCCAAAUGAGACCAUUCUGUAUUAUAGGAAAAGGUUGCAGGAGGCCCAGGAUAAUUGGAAGGAGACAAUUUGUGAGGCAUAUCACAGAGAUCUGAGAGUGUUGCGUGUUCAGCAACAUUACCGAGUCUUUCGCCACAUUAACUUAUAUCCUUAUCUCAAAGUAUUAGACCCAGAAGAUUAUUUUGAGAUCAUACUUCAGGAAAUACGUAAAUUAGCUGAAGGCUCUGAAACAUACAGCCCUACAACCAAUCAGCUGUAUCGAGACUUGGGGGACCAAGUGCGAAAGAGGUAUGAGAUAAAGUUCAAAACUAAUUCAGGAAUCUUGGAGAAAGUUGUACAUUUGUACAAAGAAUACUGUGAUUGGUACUUGGCCCCUGAAGAUUCUGAACAGAUUAUGAACACAAGACAGAAAUGGCAGCAAUUGGAGUAUGAAAAUCCAGAGGGACCAAGUGUGAACAUGGAAGAAAAAUCAUGGCCACCUUCUGUCCUGGGCGGUGUUGGGAAGUUCUUGUAUAAUAUCAUCAUGAGGGACAUAAAAAUUGAUGUUAACAUUGUCAAAGUGAACAGCAAGACAGAGCAUCUUCUGCCAGCUUUCUAUACGCUAUUCAGAACACAGGGACGUCUUUUGAAAGAGGAAGUUAAGCCACAUCCUGUUUUGGCACGUUUGUUCCGAGGUGCUGCUCAAGAAGAUUUGGUGUUUGAAGUGGCUGAUGUGCCGAUGUUGUGCCCUCCUUUACCAUGGACAUCCGUUAAUUCUGGUGGCUAUUUGUUAGCAAAGGAAGCUCUGAUUAGGCUUCAUCAUCAGGCUGCACAGCAGCGGCAUCUCCUCAAGAAGACUCCUGUUCAGCAGCUGUACCCGAGUCUCGAUUCACUAAACCAGCUUGGAUCUGUGCCGUGGAUCGUCAAUGAAUCAGUUCUCGAUGUAGCGAUUGAGGUGUUCAAUAGUGGAGGUUCUCAGCAACUAGAUAUACCAGAACCGCCAUCUUCCUGUCCUGCUCCUAGUGCAGUUACUCCAGAGAUGACAAAAAAAGAGAGAUUCCAAGCUUUCCGACAGAGAAUGGCUCUGAGAAGGCGCAAAGCAGAGAUGUAUAGUUUAUGGUGUGAUACCCUCUAUAGACUGUCUUUGGCAAAUCAUUUUAGGAAACGCAUCUUCUGGCUUCCACAUAAUAUGGAUUUCCGAGGUCGAGUUUAUCCAUGUCCACCACAUUUGAAUCAUUUGGGUUCAGACAUGGCACGAUCUCUUCUUUGUUUUGCUAAAGGAGAACCUUUUGGACCUAAUGGCUUUGAUUGGCUUAAGAUCCAUUUGAUCAAUCUGACUGGAUUAAAGAAACGAGACACAGUGGAUGAAAGGCUUCAAUUGGCAGAGGAACUGUUGCCUGAAAUCAUGGAUUCUGCUGAGAAGCCUCUAACUGGCCGUAUGUGGUGGGCUCAGUCAGAGGAACCUUGGCAGACUCUUGCCUGUUGCAUGGAAAUAGCCAAGGCUGUGAAAUCUGGAGACCCAGAAAAUUAUGUAUGCCAUUUUCCUGUCCACCAAGAUGGAUCUUGCAAUGGAUUGCAGCACUAUGCUGCCCUGGGAAGAGAUGAAGCAGGGGCAGAAAGUGUUAAUCUUAAAGCAGCAGCACGCCCUCAAGACGUGUACAGUUGUGUUGCAGCACUGGUAGAGAGGGAAAGGAUCAAGGAUGCUGAAGCAGGUUUGAAAAUAGCACAAGUCUUAGAAGGUUAUAUCAGUAGAAAAGUGAUCAAGCAAACCGUGAUGACAACUGUGUACGGAGUAACACGCUUUGGGGCUCGACUUCAGAUUGCUCGCCAGUUGAAAGAUAUAGAAAACUUCCCUAAGGAUUAUGUCUGGCAAGGAUCAACAUAUCUUGUUGGAAAGACAUUUGAAAGCCUGCAAGAAAUGUUUACAUCUACAAAGGAAAUUCAGGACUGGUUUACUGAAUGUGCACGACUCAUUUCACAAGUAUGUGGCCAGAAUGUAGAAUGGGUUACACCUUUGGGCCUUCCAAUUGUUCAGCCCUACAGCCGCCCCAACAAGAAGUUAGAAGCCCAGUCCACUGUGAAGGAAAUCAAGGAGCACUAUGCAUUGGACAUGUUUGAGCGGCCAAAUGUGAUGAAACAGAAAAAUGCUUUUCCACCUAAUUUCAUCCACUCUUUGGACUCUAGUCACAUGAUGUUAACUUCUCUAUUCUGUGAAAGGGAAGGCAUCACAUUUGUCUCAGUUCAUGACUGCUUCUGGACACACCCAAGUAGUGUAGAUAUUAUGAAUAAGGUUUGCAGGAAUCAGUUUGUAUCGUUGCAUUCGCAGCCCAUUCUGGAAGAUUUGUCUGAAUUUCUGGUGAGGAAAUACAGCUAUGCAGAAAGAGAAUUUUCUGAUGAUGGGUCUGUGGGUGAUACAGCAAAGCGAAGGCUCAACAGAAUUCUGAGGAAGCUUCCAUUCAAAGGAGACUUUCAACUUGAUAGUGUCUUGGAGUCUGUUUACUUUUUCAGUUGAAUAUUGUAGACAUUGGUGUUAUUUUGAUCACUUAGUACCUGUCUAGAAAUAACUGAGUUGUAUUUGUUUUAUAAUUGAUGGUGAUUUGGAAACAUAAACUGUAUAUAAGUGCGAA